AGAAUGUUCUUUCUAAUCACAAAGAAGAAAACCAAGCAGGAAGCCUAAGAGAUGGCGAGUCUCUUCGUCACUCUCCCUACGCAUUCCUUGCGAACGUUCUUAUUCGCGUCUUCUCGCUCCUUGAUUCCUCCGGCGAACCGUUUCUCCGGUGGAUUCGACAGCGGAGUUAACUGGAGAAAGAGAGGAUGCGUCGUUUUGACGCGGGCAGGAGCAAGUGCGAGUAGCUACUUGCUCGCUUUCGCCAUCCCUGCGACUCUCGUCGCCGUCACCGUCUUUGCUUCCAUUAAAAUUGCCGAUAAGCUCGAUGAGGAUUUCUUUGAAGAGGUUGCUUUGACACAAUCGCUAAGGGAAGAAGCUCUAGAUGGAGAAGAAGAUGCUGAAUCCGAAAGCUCUCUCGACGAGAUGGUUCAGGAGCCCGUUCUUCAACGAACCCGUAACCGACCUAAACGUGAAGUUUAAACACCUUCUAGAUAUCAUCACGUCAUACACACGAUUUGUUUCCAGGAGAUUGAUUCUUGGAUUGGAUCAGCUUAUGUAGGUAAAGGAUUCGUUAGAUACCUCAAACAUUGAACCUGUUGUGUCUGUAUAAGCGUGUAACUUAAUAACCGGGUCGACUUCCUCAUAUUAUUAUUAUUAUUAUUAUUAUUAUUA